AUGCGGCUGAGCCUGCUGCAGAAGCAGGAAAGCGCACACGAUGAUUCGGUGUGGGCGGCAGCCUGGGCCCCCACGGGCAACACGCUCGUCACUGGCUCGGUGGACGAGAGCGUGAAGCUGUGGCAGGAGGUCGGGGACACGCUAGAGCAGCAGCACCACCUGGUGGGCCUGUCGCUGGGCGUGCUGGGCGUGAGCGUGGACAGCAGCGGGCAGUACGGCGCCGCCAGCAGCCUGGACAGCUACGUGACGGUGUGGAGGAUGGACGACUACAACACAGUGCACCAGUUCACCAACAUCCCUCCCUCGGAGACCUGGGGCCUGGCCUUUGCCCCCUCCUCCGAAAAGCUGCUGCUGGCGGUGGCCGGCGGCAGCAGCAACUCGGUGCGGGUGCUGGAUGUGGCGGCCAAGGAGCAGGCGGCGCAGCUGGCCAUGCCCGAGUCUGCAGACAAGCAGCGGAAGGAGAAGUUUGUGCUGAGCGUGGCCUACAGCCCAGACGGGCGGCGGAUAGCGGCGGGCGCCAUGGACGGCACCGUGGCGCUGUUUGAUGCGGCCACCGGCAAGCUGCUGCACACGCUAGGCGGCCACUUCAGGCCAGUGCGCGACCUGGCCUUCACUCCAGACUCCAAGCAGGUCAUCACCGCCUGUGACGACAUGAACGCGCACCUGUAUGACGCCGAGCAUGCAGAGCUGAUCGAGGCCUUCUCAGGGCAUGAGUCGUGGGUGCUCAGCGUGAGCCCCCACCCCAACGGCACCGCCUUUGCCACCGGCAGCAGCGACAGCAAGGUCAAGCUUUGGGACCUGCAGACGAGAACGUGCGCGCAGACCUGCAGCGAGCACACCGACCAAGUGUGGGCGGUGCGGUUCCGCCCAGACGGCUCCCGCCUGGUGUCCGCCUCAGACGAUCGCAGCGUGUGCCUCUUUGACUUUGCGUCCUGA